AUGGAUGAAAACUUAAGACAAUCCUUAGUUGGACAUGACUUGAAGUUACUUCAUUGUCGUUUCAGGUUUCCAAGUAAACUGCUCCAAGAAGUGUGUAACAUCAAGCCAUUAACCUCAAACACACUUAGUAUCUCAGACUUUCGACUGCUUCUGAUCGGUGAGGUUGGAUCAGGCAAAUCAAGCUUUUUCAACACCAUCAACUCGAUCUUCCGUGGUUAUGUUACUAGUCAGGCUGUGACUGGUCAUAAUGCUGAUCAUAGUGUUACUACCAUGUUUCGCACGUAUGACGUUAUGUCGUCACCGCUUGGUAAACCAUUCAAAUGGAAGAUCUGCGACACUGCUGGACUCCUGCCCAAGGAUGGAUUGACUGUAGCAGAGCUGCUCUAUUUGGUGGACGGCAACAUUCCUAACAGAUUUAGGUUUAAUCCUUACGAGCGCAUCACUCCUGAUAGUCCAGGAUUUAUCGAGUCACCCAGUCAUUCCCAGAGGGCUCACUGCGUUACUUUAGUCAUCGAUUCAUCAACUGUGGAUAAAAUGCCAGAAUCGAUGUGGCAGAAAUACCAGCUACUGCAAGACGCACUCAACGCUAGACGAAUCCCGUUAGUCGUACUGUUGACCAAAAUAGACCUGGCCUGCACUCAGACUCGUGAAAACUUACUCCAUGUCUUCCACAGCCAGCGAAUACAAAACACAGUGCGCAUGAUCAGCAAGAAGUUCCAGGGCUUGCCAACCAAUAAGAUCUUUCCAAUCAAGAAUUACGAAUGGGAGACCGAUCUUAAUACGCAUGUCAACAGUUUAUCACUGCUGGCCUUGAGACAGAUGCUUCGUUUUGCGCAGGACCACAUUGAAGAGAAGGCCGAUCAAUUUGACCCUGGUGUUAUAAGAAAAUAUCUGAACUUCCGUCAGCCCUUCUUUAUUAUAUUUGUUGUUGUUUUGUUUGUUCUUAUCCUGGUCUUAUUCUUUUUCUCUGAUAAAGUCAUGGAAAUGUUGGCUUUCUCAGGAUCUGGUUCCCAUGAAGGCGAGGAGAACGAUGAUUACGAAUAAGAUUAUAUCGACAGUUUAAUUUUCCGUUAAAAAACCUCGAGUGAA